CUUGGUCUGUCGGCCGGUGCUCUAGUCGGUCCGAUCGCGAACAGCCGCGCGCACGUCGCGUUUUGACUUGUCUCACAACACGCUGCAAGAUAACGCGCCCUAUUUAAACGCAAUACUCGCUCUAGCGCAAGCCAUACCACAAUUAAGUAACGUGUAAACUUUUGUGGUAAUAAAAUUAAUUACGCCGAUGUUUUGAGAUCAUAAUAUAUAUCGGCGCAAUCUUAAAACCGGCUUCGUGACCAUAUGAUCUGCACUGGACCCGCUCGAACCGUGCGACCCUCUCAAAUAGCAGCGCGGAGUUAUGAUGCGGAUUUACCAUUAAAAUUCAAUUGUGUAAGACGGAUUCGAGAAGGAUGACUCAGUGCUAACGGAAGACUUUCUCAAGUGUUUUGGUGUCAGUUUCGUGACUUGCGAGUCGCUGGAGAUGUAAUUGUUGACCCUGUGGAAUAUUUGUUUUGUAAAAAUAGUGUAAUGGCAGGUGCUAGUGAGGAAGGAGUGGCUGUGGAAGAAAAUGCGGCUGGACCCGCACAAGAACCCCGCAGACGAGGGCUGAGCGGGUCGAUGUCAUUGCGCACACGCAAGUUAGGCCGGCGUCUAUCACGCAGCAUGUCUAUCGUUGCGCUGAAGCUGCCGGAGAAGGCGCAGAGCAUAACACGAUCUUCGUCGAAACUCAUACGAUCGGGCAGUCGCGAUAAAAAGAACAGAUCCUUUGAACUGUCUCUUAUACUACCGGAUAAAACUCAAAGACAGGUGACGGUAUGGGGGGGCAGUACUGUUGCAGAAGUUGUUCGCGAAACUUUACACGAAGUAGGAUUAGCUUUGGCUGGAACACCAACUGGACCCUUAUCAGCACCAUUGGCUUUACCAUUAUCUGAACCUUUGCCACCUCCCACAAUGGCUACAGCUCCACCCACAGCUUUACUGUUCCUUGGAGGAUCAAAAGCUCCAGUUGAGCCACGUGCUUCAGCUAUGUCCUUAGAAGGAGAAGUACUGGUAGUUGAACAUGAACCUCCGCAAUGGGACGGAAAAGAUCUUGAAGUUUUCCUUGCCUGGGAGAAGAUUUAUGCUUCAACGUUAUUUUCUGCGCUAGAACUCUAUGGAAAACCACUACUACGAGCUGCCGUUAUUACCAAAGAAGAAUAUCAUUUACUAUUUUACUAUCUUGAAUCUGUAUCUGAAGCAAGUGACGCCCUUACGCAAAGAAUGAGAAAAUAUAUUGAUUCCGGUUUACUUAAAAAUAAAGAGGAAUCAGACAGUGAAGAAAAGUCGUUAGAAAUAAAGGACUCAGAUGAUAAUCAAUCGAAAAGUAUAUUAAAUGAACUUCUUCAAGAAGGAAUACUAUCGCAACAAGAUAUCGACUUAUCUUGUGCGAUAACUGCUUCGGAAUGUAACGAAGAAAGUGGGACUCACAAAUUAGAAGAUGACAAUCGAUCUAGUACUUCUUCGCUUUGUUCUUCACUUCGUAAAGUAAUCGUUGACAUUCCACUUGAUAAUUGUGAAUCUACCGUUGAGAACUCCACUGUAGAAAGCAAUGACAACAUAACGACGGUCACUAUAAGAACUGGUGGGCAAUGUUGUGCUGAUCACAGAAUAUCAGCUGAUAUAACAGAAAAUGUUUGGUCUAAUGUUCGAUGGGAUUUUCUCAAUCCUACAGAUUUUGGAUAUGAUCAGGUACCAAAUGUAAAAAGAAGCAGAUCUGAAUCUGCCAUAACACCAGUAGUCAGCAGACGUAAUGAAGAGAUUUAUGAAACUUUACGCGACGACGAAGGAGAAUCUUGUGGAAGUAUUACACCAUAUGAAUCAAUAGAAGAUCUUUACGAUUGCAUAAAGAAUACCGUGUAUAAUAAUUUGGCGGCUGAGGAGUCUUCUCCUUCAACAGAAUGUCAUUCGGAGCCACAGUAUCCGGACUUUUACGAGAAGUCAAGUGCUACUCGACAAAGCUCCGCAAGUAGCGAGAAAAGUGGAACAUCAUCUGCGUUUCCUUUUUCGAAGUGCGGUUCCAGUAAUUCCACGGGCGCAUAUACUUCUUGCGAAUCCACAAGCGGAGUUAGUUCAUUUAUUCCAAAAAAUAUACCAGAGGUACUGAAAUGCCGUGAACUUCCACCUCCACCAGCAGAAAAUGAAUUGAACGAGAGCAAUAUUUUGCUGAGACAACUUUUUCUGGGUGAACUCUUGGAUGCUUAUGGAGAAUAUCUAUCCACGUAUCCAUAUGCGAGAGCGCUGUUGCGGAGAAAAACGCGUCGUGACGAACACUUCGCGGCAUUGGCUGACAUAAGGCGGGGAGCUGCAAAAUAUAGUAUUGGCGAUUAUCUGGAGCUACCGAUUGAACGUUUAGCGCAGUAUGAGCGUCUCGUGGGCGGUGGUUGCGCGAGACGGCGCGCGGCUCGUCUUUCUGACCUGGAACGCGUGCAAGACCUCUUUCCGCACGACUACCUCGCUCUGCACGAUGCUGACGCACCCGCCGCUCUCGCUUCUCACCACGCGCAGAAGUCGAAGAGUCUUCGUAAGCGGCCAAGUUUGGACAUUGGUGGUAUCGGCGGCGGUAACAGCAACUCGUUGUCACCACGCACUUUCAUAAUGGAGGCUCCCGUACAACUCUGUCCACUUGGUUCGACCUCCCCACCGUUGGAUCGUCACCUAUUUCUCUUUAGUGACCUUCUCUUAGUGGGCAAGGCUAGAGGCACGAACUGCUUUAAGCUCAAAGAGAGUGUAAGGCUGGCCGAGUUAUGGCUCUCGUUGCCUGAAACUGAUGACACAGGGUUUCUAAUUGGAUGGCCUACUGCAUCUGGUGUUACAAACUACCUCGCUACGUAUCCUACGCAAGCUGCCAGAGAUACCUGGCACAGGAAAAUACAAAGUGCCUUAAAUGUCCAGCUGGCUUCCGAACCAAAGUCAACGAAUGUUCAGAUUUUCUAUAAGGAUCUGACUAGCUCAAUAGAAUUCUGCAAAACGGUAUCCAUAAGUCCUGAAAUGAACGCCCGUUGCGUGGUCCGCCAAGCAUUGCACGUGCUACAAAACGGCGGCGAGGGUGAAGGGGAACACGAACAGGAGGGCGAGAGCGACGAAGGGAGGUGGGGAGCUGCGGCAGACUUUACGCUCUGCGUACGAGCCGGACGGGACGCGGCUCCCGCUCCGCUUCAGGGUAUAGAACGACCUCACGCUGUUCAGAUGUCACGAAUAAGACAAACGCUUUCGAAUGAAGACGGUUUCGAUUUGGAACACGUUAACGCUAAAAAUAAUCCAUGUGGCCUGGUCUUCGAAUUGAGGAAGAAAAAUCAGGGGUUAAAAAGCACAAACGCUACCCCCGGACGUGGCCUACGACUGCUACGUCGCGGCGGUCGGCUGUUCGGCGUGGCGCUCACUCGCCUGUGUAAUGGAACUCCCCCUCCCGCGUUAUUGCACGCUCUGCGUCGCCUGCGAGUCGCCGCGCCUUUGACUCACGGUGUAUUCCGUAGAAGCGCUAACGCAAAGGCCCUGCGAUUACUGAGGGAUAAGUUGGACACGCUGGGUCCGUGGGCGGAGGGUUGUGCUGAGCUGGAAAGAGCUCCCGUUCUGCUUCUGGCAGCACUAGUUAAAGAGUUCUUCCGUGCGUUACCACAGCCUUUACUUGCUGCCGAUCUUUACCCCUCUUGGCUGCAAGUGCUUAGUUUACCUCCGGCAGAAAAAGUUGCUGCCGUACGCUCCUUGCUAUUGAAACUUCCGAAAUCACACUACAACAUGCUAACUUACUUCGUAUGCCUUUUGCAGGCGAUCGCCAAAAAAUCUAACAUAAAUCUCAUGUGCCCAAUGAACUUAGGAGUAUGCGUCGGUCCAAGUCUGCUGUGGCCAAACGUUCCUUGUGACAAAGCUCCCAAAGCAGUGCCAAUGGUUGUCGAACUUCUUAUAGUAAAAGCAGAGGCCUUAUUUGGACCGCAAAUUGCUGGACUUCUUGGAAGUGGUAGUCCUGAAUCCUCUAAUGCACUUCUUGAUUCAGGAGCCGAGGAAAGUGACAGCCUCCAUUCGGUCGGCAUAUCGUUAGAUUCAAUGGAAUUAUCAACACCCAGAAAAGAAAAACUAUCGUUAAGCCGUGACUCGGGGUUAACACUUUCAGAAGACGAUUCAAACAGUAACGGAGGCAACAGUCCGGCACCUAGAAAUAUAUUGCAUAGCCUUUCUGCCCCUACUUGCAAUUUACAAGAUCAAAAAUUAUUACCUAGAUAUGGUGCUGAUAAUCACAAUGUUAAUGGUCUUCCUCAAGUAAAUCAGCGACAGCAAAAUAUAUACUCUAACAAAGCCGAAUUAUAUAGUACUGUGAAUGAGGAGCUUUAUACAAUGCCAUAUAUGUCAGAAAGAUAUAUACAUAAUUCUAUUAACGUUGGGAUUGGGAACGGAAUCGAUGACAGAAAUUACAUUUCUAAGACUGCAGUACAUCGUUCAACAGCCGAUAUUUAUGGUCAAAGUCCUGCGAAAUAUAUUACAGGCUUAGAACCCCAAAAACCUCCGAGAAGUAAUGUUUCAAAGGCAGCUAGAACUUCAAAAGUGUACAGUAUGUACGCAGAAACUCAAGAAGCCGACCAGAAUAUAACGAAUAAGAAUUUCAACAGAGCAAAGAGCUCUGACAAUCUAUUAGAAUCUAAACAAGAGGCAGUCGAAAAUAAACGCGACCUGGUCUCCAGCCAAGAGAAUAUCGUGUACAGUAAUAUUCAUGACCUUGCUAUGUUCACAGAAAAUAUUCAGCGUCAAAACCAAUACCAAUCACAUGCCGAUAUGUUAUCGAAUAUGAACUAUUCUCGAGUUUACACUGGUUGGGAAAAAAAAAGCGCAAAUUAUAACACUCAAUUAAAUCCGUGUUCUAAUGAAAACAAAUAUGUCCAGAUGAAUAAAAAUUCGGGAGAAUCCUCGCAAAAUAAAACAGAUGGAAAAACAACACCGGCAGCCACCAUUUUUAUAAGAAAUGACUGGUCUCGUCAAGCAGCGAGGACGAAGAGCUUAGAGGUUAAUGAAGAUGGGCACAGUAACGUUGCGGACAAAACUCGUAAUGGCAAUUACGAAAUAAACAUCGUAAAUUGCUGUCGGAAGAGACGAUUUGAUCCUGCUCAUAUGUGUACGAAAAACUGUAUAACCCUCUCGAUGAUAAAUAAUAGAGAAAAAGAGAAACAUACUGGAAACUCACAAAACUCCUAUGCUUACGUGGACGAUAUUCACAGCAACAACGCAGAAGAAAAUAAAAAAUGUAGGAUCCGUAAUUAUAAUAAUACGAAACUAAACCAAUCGAAGUCUUUGGCAAAUAUUAUUUUGCAAAGUGACUCGAGCAGCAACGAUACGCUGUACCAACCGCAAAAUUCAUUCAACAGCCGUUCAACAGAAUCAACAGCUAGCGAAAACUCUUUUGAAAAUUGCUACACGACCCAGUACAUUGAACCCUUGUAUACAUCCGUUUAUAAUCGCAGAAGGGAUAUUUUCCACGAAGAGAAGAAUAAUAUGUUUUCAUCAGAUAUUUAUAAAGCUACCCCGACAUCUGUGCAACCUGAUUAUUCUUCGGAAAAAGAACAGAAUAACAACAGCAAGAAGCCGCCUCACAUGCCUCCACCCGUGCCACCAAGAAAAAUGGUCUACCAGAGGGUCCUGAAAAAGUUUCAACCAGUUCAUGUCAACAAAGAUGACAAGGCAUCUCGAUCGAAGUCAGUACCUCCUCUGUACAGAGACCCUCCCAAGAGUACAGAAAAAAAUGGACAAAAGGUCGUAGCUCUGGGGUGUUCAGAAUCUGACACAGAAUCGGAGUCAUACGUGUGAACGCAGCACAAACACAAUAUUAAUUUUAACAUAUUUUAAGGGUGUAAUAGUAGUACUGUAAUACACUCUAGUAACUAGUACAUUUUCAAAGUGUACAGUUUAAAUGACGUUAAACGCGUAGAUCUUCGUCUAAAUUUUUAUUAUUUGUAUUUACUCUAGAUGUUAUUAUAGUACUUCUAUUUAAUUUAGCGUUAUCGUGUGAAUCCCGCCUUAAAAUUUUCUAUAUAUGUGACCAUAACCUGAGCUGUUUUGGUGAUGUAAUUCCAAAGACGUAAUAAUAGUUUGCAAACAUAAUUGUAUUAUAUACAGGUAAUCUUUCCAAUGAGAUUCUGAUAAAUUUAUAAAUUUUAAAUUAUAAAUUUAUUUUAGUGGAAUAUGUAGAAUUAAAAACAACCACUUUUAAAAUUUUAAACUCUACUUACUUAUUUAGUUUUUGUUUAUUGGAAUAUACGUAAAGCUAGUAUCUAUUGUGUCAUGUAUGUGUUAGAGUUUUAAAAUAUAUUAUAAUAUAAAUAUGAAACAAAUAGAAAGAUAUGUACAUAGUGUAUGAUAGUGUAUCUAAAUAUACCUACUAAAUAAUUAUUAAAAUACAUACGAUAUGUAAUUA